CGACUAUAUAUACUCAACUUUCUUGUUUCAAGCAAACGAUUGCAUUUUUAUUCCUCCAGUGUAGAACCUUGAAGAAAGAGGAGCUACAUUUGCCAUUAACGAUUUCUCUCAAUGGCAAGGAUUAAAGUUCAUGAGCUCCGAACUAAGAACAAGACUGAGCUUUUGGGACAGCUCAAGGAUCUGAAAGCUGAGCUUGCUUUGCUUCGUGUUGCUAAGGUCACCGGUGGUGCACCUAACAAACUCUCUAAGAUCAAGGUGGUGAGGCUAUCAAUUGCACAAGUGCUUACUGUGAUUUCUCAGAAGCAAAAGUCUGCUCUUAGAGAUGCAUACAAGAACAAGAAGUUUUUGCCUUUGGAUCUUAGGCCAAAGAAGACCCGUGCUAUCAGGAGACGCCUGACUAAACAUCAGUUGUCAUUGAAGACUGAAAGGGAGAAGAAGAAGGAGAUGUACUUCCCCAUGAGGAAAUAUGCUAUCAAGGUCUAGAGUGAAGAAUCUGAGAGGAUAAAAUACUUGGAAGAAUGAAUUUAUGUUUUAGAUACUAUGUAAGGUUUUAAGUUUACUUCUCAAAUGACCAUUCUGUAGUUUAGGUUUCAUAUAUGCAUGAAUAUUAUAUCAAUUUGCUUGCUUAAGAACCCUGAAACUCUGUGCACAUCUACUUCCACCAUUGUUCAUCGGUACUUAAUUCCCUGAUCUCUUUUUAAAGCCACUUCUGUCUAGUAUAAUGUUGUUGCUA